AUGGCCUUCACAGACCCGCUGGACGCCCUGGGUGGCAUGGGUGGCUUCCAGCUGGUCUACGCGGCCCUGCUGCUGCCGUCCUGCAGCCUGCUGGCCUGCCACACGAACCUCACGGCCGCCCCGCCCCGCCACUACUGCCAAAGGCCCGCCAACCACACUGCAGCCGCUGUCAAUGGCUCGGGGGCCUGGCUGAGGGCCACCGCACCCCUGGGCAUGCUUGGGGCCCCCGAGCCAUGCCGGCACUUCACGCAGCCUCAGUGGGCCCUCCUGGGCCCCGACACCUCCGUCCACGGGGCGGCCACCAAGGGCCACAAGGACGACUUGGUCUACAGCCUCAGUGUUUUCCCGUCCACCAUCGUGAUGGAGAGGGAUCUGGUGUGUGAGGCCCACGCCCCCCGAGACCUGGCUCAGUCCGUCUACAUGGCCGGGGUGCUGGUGGGUGCCGCAGUGUUUGGCAGCCUUGCAGACAGGCUGGGCCACAAGGUCCCCCUGGUCUGGUCGAACCUGCAGCUGGCAGUUUCGGGUGCAGCCACAGCGGACUUCUGCUCCUUCGGCGCCUACUGCUUCUUCCGUUUCCUGAUGGGCAUGACCUUCUCUGGCAUCAUCUUAAACUCCCUCUCGCUGGUCGUGGAGUGGAUGCCCAGCUGGGGCCGGACGGCGGCGGGGGUCUUGCUGGGGUACUCCUUCACCUUGGGUCAGCUCAUCCUGGCCAGGAUGGCAUACCUGAUCCACCCCUGGCGGUGGCUGCAGUUUGCUGUCUCUGUUCCUUUCCUCAUCUUUUCCCUCUACGCUUAGUGACUGCCUGAGUCAUUCCGAUGGCUCCUCCUUCAUGGCAAAUCCCAACUAGCUCUGCAGAACCUGCGGAAGGUGGCUGCAAUGAACGGGAGAAAGGAGGAAGGGGAAAGGCUGACCAAGGAGGUGGUGAGUUCCUACAUCCAGAGUGAGUUUACAGCUGUUCCCCCCUCCGACUCGGUCUUGGACCUCUUCCCAACCCUGGCCAUCCGUAAGGUCACGCGCUGUCUCAUGGUGGUCUGGUUCUCCAACUCCCUGGCUUACUAUGGCCUGGCCAUGGACCUGCAGAAGCUUGGGUUCAGCGUAUACCUGGUGCAGGUCCUGUUCGGGGUCAUAGACAUUCCGGCUAUGCUGGUGGCCACCACCACCAUGACUUACGUGGGCCCCCGGGACACCGUGGCCUCCUUCCUCAUCCUGGCCAGGCCCAUGGUGAUCGCAAACUCAUUUGUGCCAGAAGAUAUGCGGACCCUGCACACGGCCAGCUCCUUCAUCUACGUGUACCUGUCCACGGGAGAGCGGUACCCCACGGAGAUCAGGCAGAUGGGGAUAGGCUUCGCCUCGGUCAACUCCCUUCUCGGGGGCCUGGCGGAGCCCCUGGUCACCACGCUCGGGGAGUUCAGCGCCGCCCUGCCACCCGUGGGUUUCGGGGCCACCACGAUCCUGGCUGGGCUGGCCGUCUGCUUCCUGGCUGAGACCCGCAACGUGCCCCUGGUGGAGACCAUCGAGGCGAUGGAGAGGAGGUGA